CGGAUGCGUGGCAUUGUUCUGGAAGGAACCCUCACGGACGUUGAAAAAAUGCAAGGCUCCUGGCGUAAACAUUGACUGUUUUCUUCUCAAAGUCCGCUUCUUCUUCUUCUUCUUCUUCUUUUUUUUUGUUCACACCAACGGCGCACAGAGCUACAGUGGAGCAACAUUGAAGGAACCACGCGGAAAGUAUCGCCAUGGCGUCGCCACUCGAGAUGACGGAAAUGUACGACAACGCGCUGCUCGGCAUUCUGCAGCACGUCGGAAACAUUCAUGACUUUCUUCACGUCUACUUUGGCUUUUUGUACCGCAAGACUGAUUUUUAUCGACUCCUCUCCGGUCCCAACGACAAGAUGGGCUUCCCGCCAGGUGUGGCCGAGAAGAUGGUCUUGAAGACGUUCAAGGUGUUUGAGAAGUUUUCCGAGGAGAUGCGGAAAACGCAAAAGCAGCACGGGGACGAAAUGGCAGCCGCUCCAGCGGCGAUCCAGGAGCUGGAGGUCACGUCUGAGGCGACGCAAGCGGCGACGCAAGCGGCGGCGACGCAAGCGGCGGCGACGCAAGCGGCGGCGACGCAAGCGGCGGCGGCGACGCAAGCGGCGGCGGCGACGCAAGCGGCGGCGACGCAAGCGGCGGCGACGCAAGCGGCGGCGACGCAAGCGGCGAGCUCCUCGGCGUCAUCGGAUCCCGUUGCGGAGUCUGAACCCUCAGCCAUACCUCAGGCUCAUGGCCCUGGCGGCGUGGCUCAAAUGGACGGGAAGGCUGCGGCGUCCCGCUCAGACAAGCCAAACAGGAUUGGGUCAGCGUUGGACUCGGACAGCUACAACGGUGCCGUGCGGGACAAGUACCAGUGGUCUCAGGACUACAACGACGUGGAGGUGCGCGUCUUUGUGCCCGAGGAGGUGGUCAAAGGCAAGCAGGUGAGCGUGAGCCUGCGCAACGACGGCAUGCGCGUUUGCGUGCGCGCGGGGCCCGAAGAGCAGACGCUGGUGGAGGGCAAAUUCUCGCACAAGAUCAACACGGAGAAUUCCCUGUGGAGCCUCGAACCGGGAAAAUGCGUCGUGCUGUCUCUGAACAAGUCGUCGGAGGUGUGGUGGAAGUGCGUCCUGGAGGGCGAGGAGGAGAUCGACGUGGACUCGCUGAACCGCGAGCGCUCCAUGGCCAGCGUGGACGAGGAGGAGCACGCCGUCCUCGACCGCCUCACCUUUGACUACCACCAGAAGCUGCAGGGCAAGCCGCAGAGCCACGAGAUGAAGGUGCACGAAAUGCUGAAGAAGGGUUGGGAGGCGCAGGGCUCGCCGUUCAAGGGCCAGCAGUUCGACCCGUCCAUGUUCGACAUCCCGCCCGGCGCCGUGCAGUUCUGAGCCUUCGGCGCCGGACGUCCCGCCGCUUGCAGCAUCCUGUCGGUUGGUGACAUCGCCGAUCGCUCCGACCGAAAGGACGAAUGGGACAAAAUGGAGGAUCUCGUCCGUCUUCCUUGAGGACAAAAACAAGUCAUGUUCA